AAGCUCCCCUUUGUUGCAUGGGGGUGUCGAGCCAGGGCUGAGGGGAGGAAGGGGAGGGCACGGCGACCGUUUGUGGGGCCGUUGCCUUCCCGCUGCCCCAUGAGCCCGACGGCGGCGGCCCUCGCUGAGGGGGCGGCCCUGGCUGAGGGGGCCGCCGUGCCCUACUCGGUGGAGCUGGGUCUGACUGUGCUCCACACGGCUCUUUACGCCGCCCUCUUCCUCUUCGCCUACCUGCAGCUCUGGCUGCUCCUCUACUACCGGGAGCGGCGGCUGAGCUAUCACACGCUCUGCCUCUUCCUCUGCCUGCUCUGGGCAGCCCUCAGGACCACCCUCUUCUCCUUCUACCUGCAGAACUCCCUGCAGGCCCUCCGCCUCCAGCACCCCUUUGCCCACUGGCUCCUCUACUGCCUGCCCGGCUGCCUGCUCUUCUCCAGCCUCUGUCUGCUCAACCUUUAUUUCGCUGAGGUCAUAUUCAAAGUGAAAUGUGCAGCUGAAUUCAACAAGUACAAGGUCCUGUUGUACCUGGGCUCCAUAUUUACCAGCCUCCUCUUCUUAGUUGUGAACUUAACCUGUGCAAUGUUACUCCACGGUGAGGUCCCAGAGAGCCAGCUGAAGUGGCCGCUCCUGGCCCGUGCCCUGGUCAACGACAGCCUCUUCAUCCUCUGUGCCAUCUCGCUGGCUUGCUGCAUGUGCAAGCUGGGGAAGAUGUCUUCAGCGAACGUCUACCUCGAGUCCAAGGGAACAUCUGUCUGCCAGGCUAUCCUGGUGGGAUCUGUAGUGGCUCUUCUCUACUCCUCAAGGGCUUGUUAUAACCUGGUGGCUGUGGCCAUAUCUCCAGACAGUGUUCCUGGUCCUUUUAACUAUGGCUGGGACAACCUUUCGGACAAGACGCACAUGGAGGUGAGCAGUGAGGAGUAUGUGGUGUUUGGAGUGGUCCUCUUCCUCUGGGAGCUGGUGCCAACCACUUUCGUGGUGCUCUUCUUCCGGGCUCAAAGGCUGAGUCAGAACCUGACUCCAGCAGGGAUGGUCAGCAGUCACAGCUACAGCUCCAGAGCUUACUUCUUCGACAAUCCAAGGCGCUACGACAGCGAUGACGACUUGUCACGGCUUGGGGCUAGAGAAGGAGGCUUGGCCACCCCUCAGUGCUCUGGCUGCUAUGGGUCCCUGGCUGGAAAUGAGAACUGCCUGGUGGGUCCCCACCUCAGCUCCACCGCUACGGACAGUGCUCCCUUGCUCUUUGCCGCAGGCGGCUCGGAGGUGAAUAACCACCAUAGCUCAUACCCUCCACCACAGAACUGAAAAGGCUGCCAGGUCCUUCUCUUCCCAGAAGUGGCAUUCAUGUACAGGAUUGUGACCUGGACUCUUUCUUCCCACCUUCCCCAGAUCGUUGAACCCAUCAACACAAACAUUCCACUACCUGCUGCGGCCCUUAGCAGGACUCUGAGCCUCCGGCUGCCGGCAGCGAGCAAGAGAACUGUGACUUUGAGGUACCAUGUAGCAAAGCGAAGCUGAACUUUCUCUGGAAGCUUGUUUUUCUUUUUUGGUGGUUUCUUAAGUUCUUCUUGGUCUGGUCUUCAAGAUGUUGGCAGCUAAAAUUGCACCAGAGCUUCCUCACUAGAGAAGAAAACAUCAGAAAUGCAUAUUUGCACUUUUUAUCUGCACACUUGGAAGGAGCGGAUCUUGCUCAGGCCGUCCUUGGCCUGAGACUGUUCUAAUUACUCUUUUUUAAUUGCACAUCCGUGGCUGGGAGUGGCACUGUCCUCCCUGCAAAGACCUGUUUAUGAAGUCCUCUGCAUCCUGACUCACAUGGGAGUGUGAAGCUCUGUGGGCCUCCUGCGGGGAACCUUGACGUGCGCUGUGCCAUACUGACACCCAGCAGGGCUAAACCCGGGCUUGCUCUGGCUGUUGGUCCUGGUUUCACCUGGUGGCCAAACUCUCCCACCUAGGGCUGUGGGGUGGAAGCUGAGCUCAAAGCAUAUCCUGGCAGAAGCCUCAGCAUGAGAUCAAGUGCUCCUACUGGCAUUAAGGUGGUCACCAACCCCCCCGGCUUAUGGUGGAGGAGGAGGGCUGGUGUGAAUGGUAGCUGUUGGCAGGUGAUGAGGGGCAAGAAGCUGCUGCCUUCAGGGAGAGCUUCAAGCUGGAGUGGCCCAAAGCACAUGUAACACCAGGGCUGCUUUAAAGGGUGGGGGGUGCUCAGUGGUCCUACCCACCCCUGCUCUUCACCCAUGCUGGGGCUCCCUUUCCCCUCUCAGUAUUAAACUGCAUUGAGCAAAUAACCACAACUUACAACCCUGAAGUGAAUGUGAGCUGGUGGGGUCCCCUCCGAGGUGCAGGAGCUGUCUUUGGUGGUAGGAGCCAAGGGAAGGGCUCUUUGUUUUCCCUUGUCAUGGAGCAGUGCUGUGGCUGUGGACUCCUGCUGCUGCCCCAGGAGCUGUUGGCAGUGUGAGGUGGUGCCCACACAGUUUGGGGCUGCUGGGUCAGCAGGGGAGGAGGUUUUUCUGUCUCUCAGUAACCCAGAUAGCCAAGUUUGGCCUGGCCUGUAGCUCCAUCAGGCUCUUGGAGAUGAGGCUUGGUAUUAUUCCUGGCUUGUCUCUGGGCUUGUCAUGGGGAUGAGCAAAGCAGCUUUGAGCAGAGGCUUGGCUGGAGGCACUGGUGGGGGAGGGCAGCUGCUCUGACCUCUGCACAGCCUGAACUGGAGCUGCUUGUAGCCCACUUUGAGUUGCUCCUGCUGUGUGAACGCAGGACUGACACUGGAGGACUUCCCUGUGUGUGAAGCAGGAUGCUGCUGUCUGGCUCUGCCUGGGAGGCACUGAGACAGGCUUUGGUGCCUCAGUGUCCGCAGCUGAGUGCAAGAGAAGCCCCCAAGCACUGGGUCAGACCCAGCUUCUCCUUGUUUGCCCCAUGCUUGCUAGUAGGGCUUGGUCACCCUGUCACCCUCGUCACAGAGACACUUACUUGUCACACCUUGUCCCUGUGGGCCUCGCCCUGCUAACCUGCUUCAUUCUUGCUGACCCCAAACCAACAGCAACCUCAGCUGCUUGUUGGAGAAGGCUCUGAGAUGACAGCAGCCCCUGCCUCUUGCUCUAGUACUUGAACUGGAGAGGCCCCCCCUGCCUGCUGUGCUGUGAGGGAUCUGCCUCCUUCCCUCAGUGGGCCACAGAAACAGGUUGUUCCAUCUCAAUCACUGCUUGACUUGUGACAGAGCUGCUGAAGGACCUGGGCUUGGGGCUGCUGCCCUCCCUUCUCCCGUGAGUCACCAAAGACAGCAGCGUGACACUGGUGGCCCCUGUCUCUUGCUUAAAUUCCAAAGCACUGGGAGCACUUUAAGUUUGUCUUUGGAGGGAAGAGAGUGUGGUGCAAAAAAACCAAACCUGACUCAAAGGAAACUAAACUCAAGGGCUACAGGCUCAUUGUUCAUGUUGCACUGAAGCACACACACCACCCAGACCACCUUCCUGGCAUGAGGGGGCCAUGAGUCUUGUUGCUGACGAGUGACUGGCAGAAGUGUUUUGGGUUUUACUCCUUUCAGAGCUCUCUGACCACUCCUGGUGGGGCUGGUCCUGCAUUUUACUGAAGUAAUUUAUAGCUGAGAAGUACAACUGACUUUUUUAAUGCAUAGUUGCCUUUUCAUUAAACUCUCUUCUGUUUCCCUUUCUUCUGGGGGGGUCUGGUUUAACAGUGUUCUGGCUUUGGCAGGCGGGCAGCAGCUGGCUGCCCAGGAAGCUGUGGCCAAUGAAUGUACCUAUUUGUUCUUCACUAAGCUGUAACCAAGCACUACUCUCUCGAAAUAAAAGAAGGCCCUUUCUCUGC